ACGUUAUCAUUGAGUUUACAAAACAACCUUGUUAUCUUGUUGACACAAUAAUAAUGUUUUGAGAGAAUUAAAAUCUCAAUUUAAUAAAAGUUGAGAUGUACACAAAUUCGGUCGAAAUAUUCAUUUACGAUUUAAACAAAGACUCUCAUUGUUGGUGCAAAGAUGAAUUUUUGCAAAUUUUGACUGAUGAUGAAGUUAUCCUACACUCCAGCAUUGUCGUCCAUGGAAGUGAAUACAGUUACGGCGAGAACGGAAUCGAACAACACAAACCCAAAUUACGACCGCAAUAUGUGACAGAUUUGGACUUUGAGGAAGCCGUAAGUCGGAUAAAACUAGUGGGGAAAACGCAUUUGACAAAAAUUGAAGUCGAAUUAUUGGUCGAAAAACUGAAAAAUGACGCGAAUUGGCUGGCUUGUAAAUUUAAUCCAGUGGAACACAACUGUCACCAUUUUUCCGAUUUAUUUAUUAAAUUGUUGUGCGGGGUUGGGGCUGUUUUACCAGCGGAAAUUUAUAAUUUUAAUAAGAAUUUGUUGGAGCAUAGAGAGUCCUGGAUUUACGAAUUUUGUGUAAACAAUUAAAAAUACAAGAUUAAUUGUGUUGUAUAUGCAACCAGUUAUACACUAUUAGAACUUUUAAAAGUUUUUUAUGUUUUUAAUAUAAUUUUAUAUUUUUAAUAAAAGCUUGUUGGAGCA